AUGUCUUCCACGCGUCGCAUCACCAAGGAAUACGGCGAGCUCACGCAGAGUCCCCCCGAGGGGUACACCAUCGCCCUCGGCCCCAACGACUCGCUGCACACCUGGCACGUCACCGUCGCCGCGCCGGCGGGCUGCAUCUACCACCCGGGCCGGUACGGCGUCGUCGUCACGCUCCCCACCGAGUACCCCUUCAAGGCCCCCGUGGUCAAGUUCGCCACGCGCAUUUACCACCCCAACGUCACCAACGACUCGCUCGGGAAUGUGUGUCUGGGCCUGCUCAAGACGGAGAACUGGAAGCCCAGCACCAAGAUUGUCGCCGUCCUCGACGCCCUGCGCAACCUGCUCGUCGAGCCGCUGCCGGAGGACCCGCUGGAGGAGAGCAUCGCGGAGCAGUACAGAAACGACCGCGAGGGGUUCGACAAGGCGGCCAAGGGGUUCGUCGAGAGACUGAAUCGAAUAAUGACCUUGCAAUAA